AGAACCAUUGAUGCAGUUUAUGAAGUGGACAGCUCUGUAGAAACCCUACUGGAGCUUCUGCAGAUCUACCGGGAAAAGGCUGGAGAUAAGGUUGCAGAAAAAGGAGGCAGCAUCUUUACCAAGGCUUGUUUUCUCUUGGUCCUCUUAGUCCAGGAUGAAAGAAGAGCAAUGGAGGUUCGAAAGCUUCCAAAGGUUUCGGAUCGCAUUCGCAGCAUCUACCGACUCACGCUUCGGAAAAACAAGAUGGAUGCUGAGAGAAACAAAGUCAAACAGAAAAUGAACACCUCUCUCAAUGGAAGUUUUCUCCUCCAAGCCACUCCUCGAAAAUCAAAACCAGUGGCCAGGUUUGCUCCAGACUGGGUUCUACGGCGUGACAAAUUAAAGGACAUCGUGGAUCCUCUUCGUGCCAUUCAGAUGCUGGCUAACGCUCUGGCUAUUGUGUCUUGAAAAUAUUGCAGAAAGAAAAAUGUUACAACCCUGUGUGCUGCCAAAGUGUUUAAUUGUUGCUCAGAAUUGUAAAUACUGUGUUUUUGGAUUGUGUAUAUAUAUUUUUUAAACUGUUUUAUCAAAAUGUUGUGGAUGACUGGCGCAUAUUUGGAGUCUGUGCUAAAAGAUUUAGCACAAGUUAGCUCUGAGAUUCUGUAAAUACGAGUGCUGUUUGGAAUUGAUUUCUUUUAAAGCGCUGUAAUCGACUAUUAAAAAGAACCAGCUUUCACGUA